AUGGAAAACUAUAAGGUGCUUAUAUAUAAACUACUAGACCCUAUACCUCAAUAUGUUUUGGGUUGCUUACCAGCUUUAGGAAUAAUUGGAGAAUCCCCAGCAAAUAGGUUUACAGAAAAAGUAACAUGGUUACUUCGAUGUCUUGGGUGUCCAUUUACGGCAUUGUUUUACUCCAUCAAUAUAGGGAGUAAAAAAGAAUCUCGGUGCUUUUACUGGCUCUCGUCAAGUAGAUUUGUUACCGAUAAAGGUAGCAGGCUACGAUAUAGACCUUUUGGAUUUAACGCCUGCGAAAUCCAGAAUGCAGAUGACCCGGAUAUAAAAAAAUGCGUAGAGCAAUGCACAGCAACGGCAUCUGUUCUGGAAAGAUGGUCAUCAUUGGUAUCAGCUUACUUUAUUGUAGUUGGUAUGUUAGCAUUGAUUUCUAAGGCGACAGGAAAGGUCAGCUGUCCGGAUUGGCCAUAUAUACCAUCAUUAUUUUCCUGGACAAUUCCUGCGAUCUGUAGAAGAGCAUUUUCAGGAAAUAUAGUAAUUAAGGAUCCCGACGAUAUAUUUAAAGAUCAUUAUGUGAUAGUCAGGGAAAAUAAAAAUCGUAGAAUCCAUAAGCGUUUCACCGUUUUUGUAACUGCUUUUGUGGCAAUGUUUUAUCCUUUGAUAACAUUAUCACUAGCUUACUAUGCACCCCCAAUCGGAUAUGGUUGUCGAA